UUACGGGACGGGAAGCCUCUCACGGAGAAAUGGUGGAAGUUUCAACUAAGUGUCUUCCAUACUCUACCAGUGGAUGCCUCAGCUUUACUCACUUUGUUUAAACCUGAGGAUCUAGCCGUCAUUGGUUCUUUGUGGCUCUCAGAUCAGGAAAUCAUUCUUGAUUUCAGUUAUGAUAACCCCGUUGAGCCGAUUAAGGAAGGAACAGACUGCUAUGGUUGGUUUAUUCAAGCUUGA